GCGUUUGUGGGUGCAAUUUUUUCGAAAUAUUCGAUUCUAAACAGUAGAUUGUGGGUAUAAUUACGGAAGUAUUAAAUCGCAAAUGUGUGCAAUCAUUAUGCAAGUUAUUUAAUAAAUUUGUGAGAUAUGGAAUGAUAAAAAAGGAAUUAUUAAGGCUUGAAAACGUCUCGGUGUACGGAAGAAAAUAAAGAAAAAGGGGAAAAUGAAUGCAAAGAAGGCGGUUUUGGGUAAAUCGUAACUAAGUCAUUGAUGAAAGUGAGAAACAAGUCUCACUUGCGCCCAUAUUUAUUAAUACUACCGGUUUGACAGUUGCUUAUUUUGACACUAUCGCGUAGCUAUUCAUACAUUCAUCUCGUUACACUGGCACAGUGAAAACGAAACGGAAUAUUUGAAACUGUUGAUCGCAAGCUGUCGCAAGUGUGAUUCGAAGAAGCGAACAAAGGCGUAAAGAAUUUAGGUAAAUGAAAAGUCAGAUGAAUUUGCGAAAGCGUGAAAACGGAAACAGAACGUAGCGGCUUUUGUUUUAGCAAAAAUAACUUACCAUUGCGCUAAAAUAAAAUAAUUUAUCAUUGUAAUUAUGACAGUGAAGUAGUAAAGAUCAGUGUUUGGACAAAAAUAUAACUUGAAUGUAAAUCUAAAGAACAUUGUUGACAUAGUUGAAUCUUGAAAUGAAUAUUUGUGUGUAUUUUACGUGUCUCUUGAUGGCUUAAAUUACGUGUCUAUAAAAAAAAACAACAAUACAGAACAAGUGGUUUCAACAUAUUUUCAGCUAGAUACUCCUUAAAUAUAUAACUUUUUUGUAAAAAAGUGUGUGUUAAAAAUAUCAGAGUGAUAUCUGUGUUAUAAAAAAAAAAAAACAAAAAAAUUGUGAAUAAAUGAAGGUAUCGAAGUUAAUUUAUAUAUACCUUAGCAAGUGGACGAAUUUUUGAAAAAAACCAAAUAUAUCAGCGAUCAUUCAGUGCUUAAUAUCUACAAAAAACUAGUAUUGCUGUUAUCAUCAAAGUCCCUGAUUAAAAAUUUAUUCUACCGCGACAAAAACUGGCGGUUAUGUAUAUAUGAAUGGAGAUGCAGUCAAGUUACAACCACCUGUUGCAAACACAAUUUACGCUCAUGUACCCGUUGAAACAGCGAUGCUAGCCACAACUAAUCUUUACGGGCCGACAACGCAAUUGGCAGCACCAGCCGCAACACAUAUUCCUUUGAUAGCAACCGCAGGACCCCAACCACCACAUCCACAAGCUCUGCAAGUAGCUGCUGCACCUCCACCCACUCAACACCAACACCAACAUCAGCAUACACAAUUAAUACCGCAUACUCAUCCACACGCACACACACAUUCACAUAGUGCAGCUGUCGCCGCUGCUGCUGCUGCUGCCGCCGUAGCCGGUCCGCACACACAGCAACCCCCUAGUGCUGGUGCCUCUCUACAAACGGUGCCAACUGCCUCACAUCAGACCGCACAUUUACAAUACGCUCACCAACCACAAACAGUGGCACAAGUUGCUACUGGCGGACCAGCCGUAACAACAAUUGAUAGCUCAGAGUACGCAGCCGCCGUUAUGAAUGGCACAAUUGCACAGGACGGCUCUACCGUCUGCUACGCGCAACAGGAGGAGUUGUCCGGUGUAGCGGCUGGAACGAAUUUAAUAGCGGUCGAUGUUUCGAUGGCGGGAACUCCUACUUCUGUGGGCUCUCAUCAAACACAACAACAUUCUCUUGGUAUAAGUAAUGGUCCGCAUCAACAUCAGUCACACCAGCAUAUAAAUAAUAAUGCGAAUUCAGUAGACAACUCCGGCAUACCGUUAGAUCAGUUGAAACAAAUGUUAUCCACUCAGUUAGAAUACUAUUUUUCCAGAGAGAAUUUAGCAAAUGACACUUAUUUGCUAACGCAAAUGGAUAGCGAUCAGUACGUGCCUAUUAUAACUGUGGCCAACUUUAACCUAGUGAAGAAGCUUACCAAGGAUAUCAAGCUGAUCACGGAAGUGCUUAGAGAGUCUCCAAAUGUGCAAGUAGAUGAAGACGGAUUGCGUGUGCGUCCCAACCACAAACGUUGCAUAAUUAUCUUGCGAGAAAUAUCCGAAAAGACACCUGUAGAAGAAGUAAAGAACAUUUUUAAUAAUGAAAAUUGUCCACGUGUCAUAUCAUGUGAAUUUGCUGGAAAUAAUUCAUGGUAUAUAACAUUUGAAUCAGAUGAAGACGCCCAAAAGGCCUUUAAAUAUUUGAGGGAGGAUGUAAAGAUGUUCAAGGGAAAGCCCAUAAUGGCUAGGAUGAAAGCGAAACCCUUCAUAAAUCGGCUGCCAAUCGCACCGGUUGCGCCAUUGAAGAAUGGGUUCCGAAUAACUUCGCCGCCAGCAGCGGUAUAUGAUCCUAAUGCGGCAGCGACAGCCGUUGCAUACAAUACAGCUCCGCAACGAUUUGUCUAUGCUACGAAUGGUGCCGCAAUGACACAGGCAUCGGUACCUUAUAAUGCUCCUGUAAUAUUUCAAUCUUUCCAACAGCAACAAUUCUAUCCUGGUAUUGUUGCAACAACACCGUGGCCCCCGGCGGCUGCUGCAGUAGCAGCAGCCGCUACCACAGCACACGGUCAAAAUUUUUAUGAGCUAGGAAAUGUGUUUGCCACUAAUGGGUUGACACCACAAGCUGCUGUGCCCACAGCGUACACAACUUCUGCUCCACAACAAUCUGCCACGCCAUUGCCGGCGUCAUCGAAAGGGCAAAGCGGCGGCGGUCGCUAUAAUAACCAUCGCAAUAACACCAGCAGUGCUGGUGGUGGUGGCCGCAACAAGUUGCGUAGCAACACUGCACAACAGCAACAACAACAAUCUCAACCCUUACCGGGUAUGAUCGCUACGCUUGGUAAUGUCGUUGGUAGUUUGGUAAGCGUUGUACCAACAAUAAUGGACCCACACCAACAGCAACAACAAACGCAGCAGCAGCAAAAUCAACAGCCUCAGCAUCAAAUGCAACAACAGCAGACGACUUCAAGUCAAGUGCAACAGCAGCAGCAAGUGCAGCAAUCACAACAACAACCCCAAAAUACUUCAAGGCAUUAUAAUAGUAUAAAAAAUAGUGGAGGUGGCAUUAAUAAAUCAGCUAUGGAUAAGCCCUAUGGUGGAGGCAGCAGUAUGUCGAGUCACAUACACUAUGGAACUCAAACACAAUCGAGCGCUGGCCCUUCCCAUCAUCAUGCGUCGUCCCAGCAGCAACAGCAGACGAAUGCUGUAACUGCUGGUUCACAUAAUAGCACUCAAAAUCACUACCAAUUGCCUUCCGCGACUGCAGCUGUAGCGGCCGCCACAUCUACAAAUCUACAACAUUCUUCCUUUCCGCAUGCUACGCCAACCGUAUCGGUGCAGCAACAGCAUCACCAUCAUCAGCAACAGCAACCACAUUUGCACGGCCAACAUGUUGCUGAUCUGCAAGACGAUGGCGGUGUGUUAGGUAUGGGUGCUAGUGGUGAGUUGGUGCAGCAACAACAGCAGCAUCAGCAGCAGCAAUCAUCGCAUCCUCAUCAACAGCAACAGCACAGCAGAAGUAAUCUGUCUAGUUCAACAUCGUCGCUGGCGACGUCGUCGUCUGUUGGUGUCGGUGUGGUGGGGAAGGAGCCGCCAAUGCAUUGGACGCAGCCGCGGCAUCGUCGUCGGAGACGUGAUGACGACGGCAGCGUUAUGACAUAUACGCCAAGCACUCGACUUGGUGGUGGCGCCGGAGUUAGCGGUGGGCAGCAAGCCUACAUUGGUGGUAGCGUAUCAUCACAUCAUCAAUCGCAGCAACAGCAACAGCAGCAACAACAACAACAAUUACAAACACAACAAUCGUCCAACUCCGGCAAUACGCUGCAAUUAUCCUCAAAUGUGGGUAAUAAUACUCCAAUGUCGUCACAAAGCAGUGGCGGCGGUGCCAGUGUGCAUCAUGGCCAGCGCGGUGAAGGCGUCCAUCACGGCGGCGGCGGCGGCGGCGGCUCAAGUUACAAUUCACAUCGCGAAGAACAUCGAGGUGGUUACAAAGGCAAUAAUUAUAAUCCACAUUAUAAUAGCGGUGGUGGAAUGGGUCAUCACUCGCAACAUUCGGGGGCGUCACAUCAUCAUCACCAUAGUGGCGGCGGUCCAUCACAGCAGCACCACCAUCACCAUUCAUCGUCGCAUCAUACGGGCUCAACGCAUCAUUACCACCAUCAUCGCCACGAAGUAGGUGGUGGUGGUGGUGGUGGUAGCGGUGGUAACGGUGGCCUAAGUGGAGGUGGCACGAAUGGUGCUCAUGGCAUAAGCGAUCGCAGCAAUGAUCGCAGUGGCGGUCAUGGACAUCACGGUCAACAGCAGCAACAGCAACAUGUGCCGCCGCCACAACCACCACAAUUCGAUUUAGAAGCAGCAGCUUUUCCGCCACUGCCAGCGACUUCGUCGUCCACAGCUUCCUCUUCCUUAGCGUCUACUGGUGCGGCUUCGUCUAAUAGUAGUGGUAGCAACAGUAACAAUGUUGCGGUGUCAAGUACUAAGCAAUCUUCGAAUUCGACACCACAUCAUCAUCAACAUCAACAACCUCUUCAGCAACAGCAACAGCAACAGCAACAACAACAACAACAGCAACAGCAGCCUCAGCAGUCUUACGGUGGUGGCGGAAAUGACGGAAGUAUAAGUGGCAGCGUAGAUGUGCCAACGCAAAAAACAAGCUACCUGCAGCAGCAACCCCAACUACAGCAACACAAUCAGUGUUUAAGCCCUUCUAUUGCAGUACAGCAAUCUAAUAGUUCCUCGUCGGCGGUAACUGGUGUAGCAGCGAAUGUCAGUGGUGUUGGUAGCGGUAGCACUGGCAGCGUUGGUAGUAGCCACCAAAACCACAGCAGCGCCAGCGGCGUCGCCAACAGCAGUGGCUGGUCCAAUGAGAACCGUUUGGCAGAUGUUGUGCGCUCUGGCGCGAACAGCGGUGGUAAUGGGAAGAUUAAAUCUCGCAAAGAUUCCGCCCACAGUAAUAAACAACAACAAAACUAUCAACAACGUAAUGCCGGUGCUUGUACCACCAUUAGUCCCACCACAACAUCGUCCAUCAACGCUAUAGAAGGUGCUUUUCCAGCUGAUGAACCGAAUAUGCCAUCAGCAGCUACAAUAAAGCCAAACAAUAAGUCCUCGACAUUGAAUAAACAAAAUUCAAAUGCUAAUACAAACUACACAACCACCGCCUCCUCAUCCAACAACACUGUGAUAAAGUGUCCAACACAAUCCAAACAAACCAAUGCCUAUAGUUUGACUGGCGGCAAUGCAUCAUUCGACAGUAAUACUGUUGACCACCUUAAACGGAAUAACCGUAAAUUCACUGGUGAAAAAUCCAUAAACAAGACUGAGGAUUUGUCUGUUUCUGCGGCGACACAAGAAGCAGCAUGUAAACAGCAGCAGCAGCAACAUGCUGCAACCGAUAACAAUGGCAGCAACGAGUUGCAUCAGCAACACAAUCAUCGCGGUAGUGGCUGCGGCGGCCCAAACUCCACUUCGGGCGGUGCCAUCAAAAGCGCUAAUGCAGUGCUUUCAACCACACCAGUUACAGCCGGUGCGCUCAGCGGCAGUGGCGUGGGCGGUGGCAUCACUAGCAACAGCAGCGCCGGCAAUAAUGGCCAACAAGCCGUUACAUGCAGUGUUGCUACCAUGACCACAAAUUUUGCCGAUUGCAGCCUAAGUAAUCACAAGAAACCGCCUGCAGUUGCAGAUUUACUAGCCAAAAAGGCAACGCCAAAAGAUGCUACGAAGCAUAAAAAUGCUUCCACAUCUACGAACACUGCUUCAAUUGAAAACAUUGCGGCAGCACAAACGGGCAUACCAAUAGCGAAUGCCACGAGUGCGACAAAUAAUAACAGUUCACGUUUAAGCUACGCGCAAGUAGCUCAACAUCACAAGGAGCGCGCCGUCGCCGAUGGUGGCAACAAGAGUUCUGAGAACUCGGCCUCAGGCAAUGCCUCACCUGUGGCUGUGCCCAAUAAAAGUGAACUGUCAGCUUCAACAAUGAAUAUUAAUAAAUAUGAGACUGCUAAUAGCAUUAGUGGAGCGGGUGGUGUAGUCAGUGCUGUUAUUGGGGCGGCGACGGCGACCGCAACAGUGGCGACAGUACCUUCUUCAUCAGCAGCAGCAGCUGCUACUGCCUUGCAGUAUGUAGAAAAGCAAAGCGACAAACCGAUAGGCUUUGACAAGCAACGUGGCAUAACGACUGUUGGCCAAGCGUUGACGAAUGCAGCCACCGGCACCACUUCCGCAGGCAACAAUAGCGGCAGUGGCGGUGGUGGCAACAACACAGGUGCUGUGAUUAACAGCGCAAGUAAUGUAGUGACAUUACGUGCUGAAAUUUCCAAAGAUAAAGAUGCUUUACGCGAGAAUCGCCAAAGCACCGGCAGCAAUAAUAGCGGAAGCAGUGGCUUCAGUAGUAGCGGCGCUCUUAGUAAUAACGCGGCCACCCAAUCCACGCUAGCGACGAGUGCACGCAAUCGCAACAACGAUGGCAAAGAGAAGAAUGUGCGCGAACGACACGACACUGCCGAAAGCAGCAGUAGCGGGCGCAAGUCGGGACGUAAUUAAUCCUUAGUUGUGAUGUUCACCCAAGGAACUGAAAUAUUUCGCUUAGGAACAGCAUUUCACACACAUACAUAAUAUACACAAUUGCUUACACACACACGCACACUCACUUGCAUAGUGCCGAAAUUAAGAAGACAUAUAUGCAGCCAAUGUAGAAUAGAAAGCCACACAGAGAAUUUUCAGUAUUGUCUACGUAUGUAGCAGCAGGAAAUUAACGCGUACGCAAAGUAUCCGAUCGUUGAAUUAGGAGACGCUAAAGCAAUUUAUACAUACGCAGACAAACACUAACCAAAAUUCUUUGACUUUCUUUAACAGCAACAAAAGUUGACAUAAAUUUGUGAGAGGUGAAGUUUUUGCAAAAUUUUGUGUGUGAAACUAUUUAAAUUUGAAUCGUGAACAUAUAUGCAACGUUUCGAAAUUAUUGUGUCCCAUUAAAAUACUGUUUGGCCUGCAUUACACAAACUAGCGCAAUUCAUGCUACUAUCACUUUAAGUGGACACACUUGAAUGCCAAACAUGCAAUUGAGCUGUUAAUAUUGAACAACAACAAACAAUUACAAUUGCGAAUAGUUUGCGCAGCUAUAAAUAAAUACAAUAAACACGAACAGCAAAGCAACUACUUGUAUAGGCUGCGCUCCGCCAGAUUUGCUGCUGCAACAAGUCUACUAAUUUAAUAAUACUGUACAACAAUUGUUUUGUAUGAUAUUAAUUAUUCACAAAAAUAAUUGCAAUAAGAAUAGAACUAACGUUGUGGAACAACAAUAUACAGAAAUAUGCUGUUUUAGUUACGUAAAGACGAAUCGCAUACAAUUCGGAGGAUAUGUAUAAAAAAGGAUCAGUCAGAAAUUAUUAACAUUAUAAAUUUAAUAAUAUACAUAUAUAUAACAAAACUUAACCUUAGUUAUUAAGCAAUUGAUAAACGAAAUGUCAAAAUGUCAAACGCAAAUGCAAACGCGUGGCAAACACGAAACGAUGUGCGUUAUUUUUGUACAUAGGGAAGUUAAUUUAAUUUGUCAAUAUAAUAAUAAAGAUUAUAUAGAUAUUUAUGUUCAUCUAUGCAUUACAGUUACAAGUAAUGUAUAUAUGUAUGUGUGCAAAUAUGAUAUAUGUACAUAUUGAACACUAAAUAUUUACAUAGAACUUACAUAUAUUGGAUGCAAACACACAUACACAUACACCCAAAUGACUGUGUAGAAUUUUAUAAAGGUUUUGCUAUAGACCGCGAAAUACACAAACGAUAUUAUAUAGUAUAUUAAAUUUGUAGUUAGGCAUAUUACAGUGAAUAUUAAAACACGACAAUUUAACGA